AACAAAUGUUAAUAAUCGUUUCUUCUCGUUUUAAAAUUCCAUUCCCACCAAUAUUACCUGCCAGUGCAUGAUCUCUGAGUCCUGAAUUUUUUGUCCUCUACACCGCAAAACCCUAGCUCGGCACCACUAUGCUGUCGUCGGACGGUGGUACCGCCACCGGCGCCGACGGAUGCUCACACUCCACUGUCCAAAAUGGCGGUUUUCCCAGAUCUGAAGAAGCAACUUGUGUGCACCGCGCCAUGACCGAGCCUUCUUUUGGUUUUGAUUCUAUUCCUUUGACGGACUCGGAGAAGCUGCGGAGAAUCGUCGUUGCUUCGGCCAAAGGUUUCUCCAUUGGAGCUGGCCUCAAAGGUGGCUUAGCUUUGUUUUCGAUUCUUGUGCGCUUGCGUCGAAGAAGAUCAUCGGCGGCCACUAGGAAAGUUGAGAUGUUUUCUAAUAGCGAAGCAAUUUCUCUGGCGAUUAAGGAGACGCUUAGAUAUGGUCUCUUUCUUGGAACAUUUGCUGGUACAUUUUGUUCAUUGGAUGAGAUUAUUGGUGCUUUGGGAGGACAUCGUAGGACUGCAAAAUGGAGGGCGUUAGUAGCAGGAUUGGUUGCGGGGCCUUCCAUGCUUCUCACUGGGCCAAAUACACAGCAUACUAGUUUAGCUAUAUAUAUACUCAUGCGUGCUGCUGUGUUGGCUUCACGGUGUGGGAUAAAAAGCAAGAGGUUUGGGAAGAUUUGUAAACCUCUUACUUGGAAGCACGGUGACAUAUUCCUGAUGUGUCUCUCCUCUUCACAAAUUUUGUCUGCCUUCAUAUUGAAGGAAGAGAGCUUGCCCCCUUCAUAUAAGUCCUUUCUCAAUAAACAGUGUGGAAAAGAUGCUGCCAUCCUGCAAGGUGUAAAAGAACUUGCAACUGGCAUUCCAUUCACUAAUUUGGAAGCAAUAGAGAAAUACUACAAGACAACAGGAGUAGACAUUAAACUAGAUCCAAAGAUGAAAAUUCCCUGCACGAUGGUCCAUGCAAAUCAGUCAUGUGGUACACAUUUUCUUUCUUUUCUUAUUGAGGGAUAUAAGAGAGCAUUACCAGUAUAUCUUCCAGUGUAUUUGGUUCCAGCACUAAUAGUUCAUCGUCAAGGCCUUUUAAAAAGGCCUUACAGUAUAUUAGGAAAAGGUCUUCUUGGUACUGCCAGAUCAAGCUUAUUUCUUUCUGCCUAUUGUGGUUCAGCCUGGAUGUGGACGUGCCUGCUGUUUAGGCUUUUCAAAAAGUGUAAUGUACCAUUGUUAGCACUGGGAACGUUUCCUGCUGGUCUGGCCUUGGCUAUUGAGAAGAAGAGCAGGCGGAUUGAGAUAUCACUCUAUUGCCUUGCACGGGGCAUUGAAAGCUUCUUCACCUGUAUGGCUGAUGCAGGGUACUUGCCACGGUCAAAGAAUCUGAAGAGGGCAGAUGUAGUGGUUUUCAGCAUAUCCACAGCUAUUAUAAUGCACUGCUAUGCUCAAGAGAGGGAUGUGUUUCGAUCCAAGUACUUAAAUGUUCUUGAUUGGGUAUUUGGUGUGCCUCCUCCCCCAUGUGAAACCCCUCGCUGCAAAAACAGCAGUUACCUGAGGCAUGAAGAUGGCGGAGAGGAUUCUGGUUUGCUACAAAAACAGCAGCUACUAGAGGCAUGAAGAUUGUGGACAGCAAUGACUAGAGGCAUGAGAUUGGAUUCAAAUUUGCUGCAUUCUUAUUAAUAAUGAUCAGUGUAUUAGUAUGUACCAACAGUUAUGGGAGCCCCACGUUGGUUGUAGGCUGGCUUAAUACAUUAUUCUAUUGAGUGAUCUUUGCUGCAACAGAAAGCAAAAGUGGGAUGUUGCUAAUAGGACUAAUGUUUGUAGGUAGACUCAAGCUUUGGUUUUCCAUACGUCAAUGCUCAUGCUUUAAUUCAACUCAAUUGCAGGCUCAGAGUCUGUUUUCAUUUUUUUUUUUUCCUUUUGGAUAGUGAGUUUCAGAUGUAUUACCUUCAUACAUGGGAUUCAAAUGAAUUCAACUAACAAAC